GACCCCAGAAACUCAAAUCUAGAAGCAGAAGAAAAGGCGCCGAGGAUCAAUUUCACAGGGCAGUAGCUAGCACUGGUCAAGGCAAGCCGAAUGAAAGCCAGGGUGGUAGUAGUGCAGUCGUGCGAUAGGGACGACUUUGUUCCUGGAAUGCUCUAGAUUGCCUAUUCUGAUCUGGCCAAGGAAAAAAAGGGCCCGCGAGCGAGGAACAGAGGUCGUUUUCAGUCAGGGGCGGGUCCGGAAUUGGUCAGUACCUCGUUUACUCCUUCCUUUGGCAAGACCGGACAAUAUAAAGGGGAAAGACGGCUUUCGGCUCCCCUUUUCCCCAGGCACCAACGUCAUUCUGAUCACGAUUUUCACCUCCUCUCCUAUCGAUAUGCAGGCGUCACUAAUUUCGCUCGUCGCUCUUGCGGCCCUACCAGCUGCUGUGAGCGCCCAUUUCCAGCUGCAGCUUCCUAAGUCUCGAGGCUUUGACGAGGACAUCGAGAACGAGGCGCCCUGCGGCGGCUUCAACGCGUCGGCGACGCGGGCACCGUGGUACUACCAGAAAGGUCCUAUCCAGAUCAACUCGGAGCAUGAUACAGCCACCGUCAACAUCUACGUGUCGUACGACAGCAACCCAACGACGCUUACAAGCUUCACCAGCAAUGCACUGAAGACAGACGUCAAGAUCACAGGAGAAGGCGAGUUCUGCUUCAACAACAAUGUUGCUGGCACCCAAGCAACGAACGGGGUCAAUGCUACCCUCAUGGUCGAGUAUAUCAGCACAGUUCACGGGCAUUUGUACCAGUGCUCCGAUGUGACCUUCUCCUCGAACCAGACGCUCAACGAGGGCAUCACCUGCACCGACGCCCUUACGGCCACCAAGAAUCUCAACGAUGCCGCCGUUCAGGCUGCGGGUGGCGAGACGUCCAACUCAUCGUCAUCAAACACGUCCAACACCACCACGUCAUCGGGGAGUACCAGCAGCCAUCAUGACGGUGCCAUUGCAUUCCAUUCUGACCUGCUCGUUCUGUUGAGUGUCACCGUGGGCGCAGCCUGCCUUGGCCUAGCUGUCCUGUAGUCUAGUCCC